UCGUGGCAUUUUUUAAUUUUUUUCUGGUUCUUGCGGAAUGGCGCUGGGCGCGCCCGCGAUUUCAUUCCAUAGAAGCUUGAUUCGCUGUAAGAUCGCGGAGCCGUCGGGAAAGCCAGCGCCAAUGGGCCAGAAGACACGAUACAAGGAUUCAAUCUUUGAUAGAGCUUUCAUGUCCCUCUUUUCCAGGAAGAUGGAGAGUGCCACAGGAAGAGCUACCAACAAGCCGGGAUACGAUGGGUUCGUGGAUGUAUCGCGAGGUGUUCUCAAGGGAAGAACUCCUGUAGAGCAGCGAGCUCUUGUUCGUCAAGUUUUCCUAUCAAUCAUGCCUCCCGGAGCUCCAGAAACGUUUCGAAAGCUAUUUCCUCCAACUAAAUGGGCUUGCGAGUUCAAUGCUGCGAUCACGGUGCCAUUUUUCCAGUGGCUAGUAGGACCUUGCGAGAGGUUUGAGGUAGAAGUGAAUGGGGUGAAACAAAACAGUGGUGUGAAGAUUCUGAAAUGCAGGUAUUUAGAGAACAGCUCCUGUGCUGGAAUGUGCGUAAAUGUGUGUAAAAUUCCCACCCAAGAUUUAUUCACAAAUGACUUUGGACUGCCUCUGACCAUGACACCGAAUUUUGAGGACAUGAGCUGCGAGAUGAUCUAUGGACUCCAGCCGCCCUCUCUCGAAGAGGAUCCAGCAUUGAAGCAACCAUGUCUUGAACUUUGUCCAACUUCUACUACAAAGCCAAUUUGCACAAAACUUACUCCAUAAUAAUUAUGCCUCGAUCCUGGCAAGUCUCAAUCACUUUCACUAGAGCCCCUCUUGAGUUCCCCCUGUUCUGGACCAACACCUCCAUGAUAUCAGCAGGAGUGAUCUCAACCUUGGUGAUGAGCUCUUUGAUCUCCUCAAACUCCUUUUAAACUCACUGGGCUGCAAGAUCUCAACAGCACCUUGAACACCUCAAAUCCACAGUAUCCCAUGAAAAUGUGCCAUCCUGCCCGACCAGAUCCAUCCAGAUCCUCCUUGUGGUUUGUCGUGAAUAUAAUGAUCCUUCGGCA